AUGGAGUUUGCAGAACACAGCUCUGAACUUAGAGGAAUAUUUGGUCCCAAGGGAGACUCCUUAAAUUGGCUGAAAGCAACCAAAAAGUUUCCCAAUGGGGUCCCUCGAUUUGAAACGAGAGACGAAUGCCUCGAGUUUAUGCGCAACUACAACAAAGAAAAUGGAGGAAGCAACCCCGAGUACCCCCAACUGAAACAUAUUUUCACCACGUUGAUCACUUGGGAUCAAGUUGAAGAGAUUCUGAUGCCAGCCAUUAAGAAGGCUCGCAAGGAACCUAGCUUUGCCAAGAAAGUCCCACGAGAUUAUGGCAAGGAGCCAGACGAUUCCUCCAAAAAUAUUUACGAGCAAUCUGGUGGAAAGGAAGCUGUUGACGCCAUCAACUUUCGAUUGGACCAACCCUUUCACAAGUGCACCACACCCGAGUCAGUCAUCAAUACAAUGAAGUACCUCUUUUUCCACAUGAAGUGUGGGAUUUAUGUCAUGGUGCGCAAUGGGGAACUCCGUAUAUUCUGUCCUUUUACCAAUUCGGAUUACCGAAACACCUGGAGUGAGACACUAAAAAUAGAAGGAGAUGGAACACUGGAUAAGUACUACACACAAAAAGCCGGAUUGUAUCGAGAAGAGAAUAUUGAAAAAGACAUGUCCAAAUGGUGGGCCAAUGGCAACAUUGUCUGUAACGAACUGAGUAAGGACAAUGAUACUUCCAAAAUGCAGCACUGGGGAGAUCAGUUCUUGAGUCCUCUCCGUGAUAUGCUGGCAGAAGCCUGUCGAUUACGACAAAUCCCCGAUUGCGAGUUCUUUUUGAACAAGCGUGAUUACCCUCAAUUAAAAGUCAAUGUCGAGAGGGGAGUUCCAGUGGAACCUUAUGGGUUCAUCUUUGACAAGGACGAUCGUGAUCCGAACCAAGAUGUCGAUCUAGUGCCCGAGCACAAGUUCAAGACGUACGCGCCCAUUGUAAGUUUUUACGCGGCUGCGGAAGAUCGAUUCACUGACAUUCCAUGGCCAUCUUCAGAGGAUUGGGAGGGUGCCUGUGGACUAGUGUUUCCACAGACCUUCAUUUCGUUCGAAAAAGACACUGAAGGAUACCCAGUCUUUGGAAACCCCCGUGAUCUCUUUACUGAAGCUAACUUUCGAAAGUUUCAACGGGGAUGGGAUGACAACAGAGUGGCCACAGCCUUUUUCCGUGGGACAGCCACUGGCGGGGGAACAACCAUCGAUAAUAAUCAACGUGUCAAGGUAGCAUACCUGUCACAUAACUGGAAGAAUGAUCCGGAAAAGGGUGGUGAAGAGCCGUUUUUGGACGCCGCCAUUGUCGGUUGGAAUCUGCGAGACAAAAAGAUAGCGGAACGGCCGAUGACCUUUUUGCGCCCCAAGGAAUUUGACUUCACAGCAGGUCGGCAACACUUCACUCCGAUCUACGAACAGUCCAAGUACAAGUAUUUGGUCUAUGUAGAUGGUCACUGUGCUGCAUGUCGUUAUGGAUUCAUGAUGCGGUUGGGUUCCGUAAUUCUGAAAGUGGCCCCGCGACAAGUGGCAGAUCGCAUGUGGUACUUUCCCUUGUUGCAGCCCUAUGUUGACCACGUGCCCGUCAAAUCUGAUCUGAGUGACUUGGAGGAAAAGAUUCGAUGGUGCCGCGAGAAUGAUGACAAGUGUCGAGAGAUUGCCGCCAACUGUACCAAGUUUUACGAGAAGUAUGUAGCACGGUCAGCCUUGUUGGACUACGUCGAAAUGGUGACCAAACACAUUGCCAAGCGGCAGAUUGAGCCGCCUAAAUGGUGGGAAGCACCCCCAAGAGAACGCCCACCCCCAACAUUGAACAAGCCCGAUAUGAAGUGCUUCGAUGACCGGAGCUCCGGAGUCUCUCGAUUUUGCGCCCGCUGCCAAGAGGACAUUGACAAGGAAGAAGUGGAACUGAGAGAAAACGAAGCCAAGGCGAAGGCGGAAAAGAAGAGUACCAAAAAGAAAAAGCAAACUUUGCGAGAAAGGAUGAGAAAGCGAGCCAAAACCAAAAAAUAA